AUGCCAUCGAACCGCUGGGAGAAACAUGACGCCGCAAUGGGCGAGCUCUACGAGCGCGUAGAGAACGAGAAAGCAGAGGCAGACGCAGCCAAAGAGGCUGCCGCUGCGCACGAGGCUCAAUACCAGGCCCAGCUCGAGGCUCAGCGCGCAGCCUACCUCGCGAACCCAGCCGUAUCUUCUGAAACCACGCUUGUCGCUGCGCAUGGACACCAGCCAGUGCAAAGCGUUGCGACGCACCGCUCCCGUGCGGCAGACGAUUCGGAGAAGGCGGCUGGCGCGUGGGAACGCUUCAUUCGCUGGCAGGCCAAGCAUUACCGCACCAACCUGUACGAUAAGCCCAAGCCCGGCGCACCGAAGCCAUGA